ACUGCUAACACAUCUCGGCUCGUGUUUACAUUAACUCUUCAGGAAGCUCUUCAGCUACACUGACGAUUGGACACUUCAUGUUUUGAUGUAUGGAAUUCCCUGUUUAAACACACAGCUCGCAAAAGUAGGAUAUUUUGCAGGAAAAGACCAAAAGUAAAAGAAUAAAAAUAUGAACGAAAAAUUAUAAUAAUGGAUGGAUUAUUGGCGUGUAUUUUUGUAGGCCCCUGAAAAUAUUCCAAUGUGAUUGUUUUACCAUAGGAUGAACGAUAUAUGGGAUAAAAAUUAUAUUGGAAAUUUUCAAACAAGUUUUCUGCAACAAUUCUGCAUAUUAGGAUAUAUUUACCUACUAAUCAAGGCACCAAUAUUAUCUCUCGUUCUUAUUAGUCUUUUCAAUUUGCAAUUGGACAUUUCUAAAGAAAAAGCAAUGAGGAAUUUCAUAUUUACGUCAAGUUAUUACAUCCAUCUUCUAACUUGAAAGCUAUAAACGUUGAGCAGGAUGCAUUUCGUAAUGCCUACUGGUGCUUUGACGCAGUCAAAAUGUGGGCCUGUGCUAUUUAAAUUUAAACUUAAUAAUUCUUCAAAAUCAAGAAAUCAACUCUUAAAUUGGAUUUUACCUGAGUGUGUCUGCGUUUUGCGGAGGGCUCUGGCAACAUAGUGGACUGCCAACCCUCCUAGUUCGGAAAACCUUGGGAUGAUUUAAAGAUCCCUGGUCAAGAUGGUUUUCCAUAAAAUGAAGGCUUCUCUGCAACUAUCACUGACGGAUCAGCUGCUUUCCCAGCCUUCAUAUCCCUAGUCACAUCAUCUACCCUACAUAACGAGCCGGAACAGAUAACAGAAAGCAUUUUCCAUGGUAUAACUGGUAACUGGAACUAUAUUACUAUUCUGUGUCAAGAUGUCACCAGGUAAAAGAAAAAAGAAAGAAAACCUGAGUCAAGAGAAAGACGACUCUGAGGGAAAGUCUGCCACUGUAGACAAGGAAGCCAGCAUCAUUCAAGACAACCCAGAGAUCUCGGCUAUGCUUAAAGAAAAUGCAAGUGCAGUGGCAGCUGGUGGAGGAACUAUAAACCAUGAUAUUAAUGGUACCAAUACAAUAAAAUGUGAGGCAGUUGAUAUAAAAGAGGAAAUGAAAGAUGUCAUUCCAAAAUCCAAAGAUGGUGGGACCCCAGCCAGUACUAAGGCAUCUCCUAACUCGCUCACCAAUGGCAGUAAUACCGAUACUCAAAUUAAAACUGAAGAGUUGCCCCCAAAGAUUAAACAAGAGAAUUCUGAAAGUGCAGAAAACAUUGGUCGGUCACCUGGCUCUAAUGACCUAUCAAGGACUCCAUCAACGACAGUGGGCCCCCCUACCACACAAACUCUCCCUGUUCCCUCACAGACUCAAUGUACAAACUCUGGUGCACCCCAACCACUGUCAGUUGGCAACAGCUCCAAAGCUGCCCAGCCCAACUGCCCUAAUCCUCAGGGACAGGUACAUCCUCAAAUCGCACCACAAUGUGGUCCAGGACAAGGCCCGCCUUUGGGCCAAACACCCCCACAACAAUCUCCUGGAAUGCCCCAUCCAAGUAUGGUUUCUCCUAACCAUCAACAGCAUCAGUCAACAGGUCCAAUUGAUGCACAUUUUAUGCAGCAACAUAGUCAAAUAUUUGUUUUUAAUACCAGUUUAGCAAAUCAAGCUGCAGAUUCUUACCGCCAAGGUCAACACAAAUCCAUUUUAGCAUUUCAUAUGGAUCAACCAAGAACAAAGCAAUUUUUACAGAAAUUUCCUCCAAAAGGCAACCAAUUUAACAGACCUCCAGGCGGAAUGAACAUGUAUAAUAUGGCGAAUAUGCACCAACAAAACAUGGGUUGUAUAAAGAAUACAAACAUGAACAAUAUGGGGCCUAGCCCUAAUUCAGUAGUAGCUCAGUGGGUGCAACAACAGAAUGCUAACCUCCAGGAGCAAGAAUUCCUUAAUUACUCAAACAACCCAAAUAUGAUGGGUCAAGGUCAAGGUGGAAUGAUGCCUUGGCAGGUUCCACCAGGUCAUUCUUCACAGGGACAGGUGGGAAUGUUACCGGAUAAUGCAGGGUUUGAUCCAGAGCCCUACCGCAUGUGUAGUAAAGGUCUUCCUCUCCCACAUCGAAAUUUACUGCAAGCAAAAGUUCCUGAUGACAAACUCACUCCGGAACAACUGCAGAAGAGAGAGGAAUCAUUGGCUUCCCUUCAGAAAUUGCAGCUGUUAUUAUUUCCUGAAGAACUAAAGCAGCAGAGGGGUUUCCCUCCUGGGGCUAACAUGAUACCCCCGGAGGGAAUGCAGCAUCCUCCAAAUAUGUUCCCUCUAAGCAUGUCUCCGCAUGAGAUGUCACCGCAGUCAGCUAUGAUGCAACAACAGCAGCAGCAGCAGCAGCAACAGCAGCAACAACAACAACAGCAACAACAGCAGCAGCAACAGGGACUUAUGCCGCAGCAACCUCUCCCGUCGCAGCACAUGAUGCAACAUCACCAGUUUAUGAUGCAACAGCAGAAUAUGCCGCCGCAGUUCAGCCCCCAACCGGGCAACAUAGAAAACAUUACGACGGCGCAGCGGGAAUGGGUUCGCUUACAGCAGGAAUUUUAUGCUGAGAAAAGAAGAAUGCAGCACAUGCAAAUGGCUCAACAGAUGAACCCUGGUAUGGAAAUGCCCCCUAAUUCAAUGCAUGCGUCCCCCCCUUCGUAUUACAGUUCCAUCUCACAAAAACGACAAGGAGUCGCUGGUUUAAAUGCAUCUACCUCACCUAACAUGAAUGGACCAAUGCUGUCUCCCCCUCUAUCUGGCCACGGCCAUCCUGAAUCUCCUGAUCCUAUGCAUUUAUUCCCUGGUCCUCGACGGGCCCCUUCAUUGAGCUCCCUAGAGCAGGCUGGACUUGGAAGAAUGGGUCACGGCUUUUCUCCUGGGCUUCCACCAACUGGAAAUAUGGAGCACCCUGUGGGUCACGUGUCUCCAGUUGGCCUAAACUCGCAAUUUAACAUGCCUCCUUCGGCUAAACAAAAUUCAAAUCUGACCCUACAGAGAGCUGGUAACCCAGAACAGUUUCAGCCUGAAAUGAAUGCCCCUCCAAAUUCCGGUAGCAAACCUCCUCCUAGCUAUGCACAGUCAACAAAACGAAAACGGGAAGACAUGGAUGAGAUUUACAAGAACCUGCAACCGACUCCAUCACCUCAACAGCUAAAUUACCUCAACGCAUUUGAAGGACAGGAAUUAACGAUAACAAAACAAUUAAAUACAGCAUAUCGAGAACCAAACCAAACAGGAAAUUCACAACAACCACCAACACAACAACAACAACAGCAGCAACAGCAACAACAACCACCAUCACAGCAGCAACAACAACCAUCACAACAGCCACAAGCAGGUAUACCGCCACACCCACAUCAACAACCAGGUGGUAUGCCUCCUCAUCAGCAAGCACCACAACAAACGCAGCAGCAGCAGCAACCGCAAGCAAAUAUUCCUCCACAGGCAAACAUGCCACCCCAUCAACCAGGCAUGCCUCCCCAUCCUCAUCCUCCUCAGCAACAGCAGCAACAACAACAACCAGGUAUGCCCCCACAUCCAACAUCACAACAACCAGGUAUGCCAUCCCACCACCAACCACAUCCAAACAUGCCCCCUCAUCAACAUCAUUCUGGUUUACCGUCACACCCAUCGCCUAUGUCUUCUCAAGCACCGCAGUCUAGUAUGGCCUCGCAUCACCCUCAACCCCCGGGUAUGUCCCCACAUCCACAGCCACCAUCCAAUAUGGCCACUCAUCAGUCAGCGAUGAACUCCCAUCAGAACAGUAUACCUCCACAUCCACAACCACCCACGGUGUCCGCACCACAUCAUCAACCUGGCGUAUCGCCACAUCACCCUUCAGUCGGUCUGCCGCAACAUCAACAGCCACAAGCUGGUGUCGCUACUGCUGCUCCACCUCAUCCACAACAACAUCCACCCGGAGUCCCCCACCAACCAGGUGUACCACCCCAUCAACAGUCAAGUAUGAGCAACCAAGGAAUUAGUUCCCAGCAAACCACGUCAUCACAACCGCAGGGAACGUCUCAACAGCAGAACAUGCAUUCUCAAGCGCAAGCUAUGCCUCCACAUGGCAUGUCACCCCAACAGGGCAUACCCCCACAUGGCAUGUCGCCUCAAGGUAUGCCUCCACACGGUAUGUCACCACAGCAGGGCAUACCUCCACACGGUAUGUCACCACAGCAAGGCAUACCUCCACAUGGUAUGUCACCACAGCAGGGCUUACCUCCACAUGGUAUGUCACCCCAACAAGGCAUGCCUCCACAUGGUAUGUCGCCCCAGCAGGGCAUGCCUCCUGGCAUGUCGCCUCAGCAAGGCUUGCCUCCACAUGGUAUGUCACCUCAACAGGGAAUACCGCCACACGGAAUGUCUCCACAGCAAGGCAUACCUCCACAUGGUAUCAGUCAGAGCAUGGCAUCUCAACAACAUGGCAUUCCCCCUCAUGCUAUCCCUCCACAGCAACCAGGCAUGCCUACUGAAACUCAGAGUGGUAACUUUCCUCAUAACCAAGUCAACUCUCCAAUGCAUAUAGCACCAGGCUCCAACAAAGGCCCCAUGUCCAAUUCCAGCCAAUCUUCCAGCGUUGGUCCUUUGUCCAGUCCCGGUCCGAUGUCUGGACCCUCACCAAUGUCCAGUGGUGGGAUGCGUUUGUCUCAUUAUGAUCCACCCUCAAUAAACUGUAGCUCGAACAUAUCAACUGGGGGCACCAGUACAUCCAGCAGCGUGUGUUCUGCUGCUGGUAACAAAUCUGGCAACAUGACGAAUAUCACUUCGGCCAGCCUAGCAAACCUUGCAAAGGGUGUUGAACACUUGUCACAUCAGAUGCAGCAAAACAUGAUGCAAGGGGGUCCAUUUCAUAGCAUACAGAUACAAGGUAAUGUUAGCAACCAACAGAAUUCUACAAGCACCUCACAGCCAUCUACUCCAUCUAAUCUACCUACUUCUCAAAGCCAGUGUAACAGCCCGAUGCCAGCAAACGCAGCCGUGCGCCCAGGACAGGGUUCUGUGACGCCAGAUACAAUGGCACAAGGUCAGAUGCCUGGAGUUAAUAACACUUUCAUUAAUGCUAAUAUGCAGAUACAACAGCUGAAUAUACAAUCUGUUGAUGGGCCUAGCUAUAGUCCUUCUAUGCAGGUCCAGCAAGUUCCUAAUGAAUCUUCCCAAAUGAACAUGGGACAAGUAUCUGCGCAGAGGUCGUCGGGGCCUCUGCCACCACAACAAGGUUGUGCUGGUCCAGUUCCAACAUCUGUGAACCCUAAUGCAGGAAUGUUACCAAAUGCCGGUGGGCACCCUCCCACAAGCAAACAAUCGAACUCCAAGUCAGGGAACCCUCCAAACCUCAUGAUCAACUCAAAUUCACGCAUGACACAUUCACCAAACUUUCCUGCAAAUUCUGUUGGCAAUGCCAAUAUCCAAAUCCAAGCUAAAGCCCCCAACACCAUCCAAUAUCUGCCAGCACAACCUGUUCAGAAUUCACAGAAUAUGAAUACUAAACAGCAACGGCCGGAUUUAGACUUCAUGCAAAAGCUGGCCUCACCUGGUCACACUUUAGACUGUAAACCACCUCAGAAUAAAAUGCCACGUUUUUCAGGACCUUCUUUAGGAGAAAUAAGACCUGGUAUGCCCAACCAUUCUCUUGGUAUGCCUCCAUCCCUAAUGAUGCAGAACCCUAAUCCCAACAUGGUUGGUAAUAUGCCCAGUGGUGGUAUGGCCAGUCCAGUGCAUAUGUCUCCCAUGAACAAUCCAAUGGGAGCUCUUCCUGGUAACAUGGGUCCUUGUGAUAUGAUAGCCCCUGGAAUGGGUGGACCCAUGCCCAAUAUGGGCGCAAUGAAUGGUAUGAAUCCUGGUGGGGGUAAUGUAUGUGGAGGAAUGCCUCCUCAUGGCAUGGAAGGCAGUAUGCCUCCCCAUGGCAUGCCCCAUCAGUUUAACCCCCAGAUGAUGGGUGGAGGUCCACCUGGUAUGAUGAACAAUGGAAUGAUGCAGGGGCAACAAAUAAUGCAAGGUCAUGGUAUGCAUCCAGCCAUGUCUAUGCAAGGAAUGCCUCACCCAGCCAUGCAGCGAGGCCCACGUAUGACUGCGCCACCAAAUGGCCCACCACAGGGGCCAGGAUCAAAUCCUGUUAGCCCUGGUUUUAGCCAACAAUUUCAACAAUUUCAGCAACAGCUUUACUCACAAAACCGCCCACGUCAAAUGUCCCCAAUGGGUAACAUGAUGCCCAGCCCUGGCCAGCAGUACAUGGGCGUAAUGCCUAAUAUGCCUGGUCCCACUUGAAGAGGUUCUUUCGGUUAUUUAGUGGUGCCUAAUAAUGGAAUUAUCACUUGUUGAUAUGAGGGAAAACAAAAAUAGAAAAUAGAGGCUGAUUGAUUUUUUUGCCUGCGUCUAGCAACUAUUGGGUUACUAAUAAUCGCAGAAGCAGAAGAACCUAGCUCUGUGAGUUGUCAUCAACUCCCAAAGGGCAAGUGGAAACAACAUAGAUGGUUCUUGACCAGCCUCACUCCUCAGCUUUUACCUUAGAUUAAAUCUUAAUGGAUCCAAAGCUGCUACAGUUCUAGACAUUUCAUGGAAUACAGUCUGACAUUUCGUUAGUCCAUUCUUCACCUGACCUCACCUUUUUUUUUUGUAUAUUUCCCCCCAUCCCAGUUUCCCACCCACCCACCCACAUCCAAAACAAAAUUAUAAAUAGAACUAGACCAGUUGGUCAAAUUUUAAAAAAAAAUAAUAAAUUUUUUUUGCUCCCAGAAGGGUGCAAAACAUAAACUUGCAACUUGAAACUGGAUAAAAAAAAAUUCUGACAAAACCAGCAAAGAAUAGUUGUUCCAAAACCUGCGACUGCAGAUUUCUAUCAAAGAAGUCUGUGACUGUUGAGCUGCUUAUGCAAAUCAGGGGCUUUAUCAUUUCGACUUUUAUUUCUUAAUUAAUAGAAGGACUACACGACAUUUUUUUCUUUCUUUUUUUUAUAUAUAAUAUAUAUACAGAGAUGUAAAAAUGUGAGGCUAAAAAAAAUGUGUUUAUUAAAUAAAAAAAAUAAAACACACACACACACAUCCCCCUUCACUUAAGUCUACCUUAUGUCUCUACUGAUUUAUUAUUAUCAUCAUUAUUAUUAUUAUUAUUAUCACCAUUAUUAUUAUUAUCCUCAUGUUUUUAAAUGUCCAGUCCCUCCUUGUCAAUUGAAGCUACUGCUAUUAUUAAUCUGUGUCCUGUUGAAGACCCGAUGUCAGGGCCCCUUAUGAAAAAGUAAACAAUAAAAAAAGACAAACACUCAAAGAACAAAUUCAAUUUGGUUUUUACCAUUUCCUCCCUUGAAAGACAAAGACAUAAAAAGAUGAAGAAAGAAAGAAAGAAAACAAAAAUUUAGAUGUUAUUUUUUUCUUGUUUUAUCAUAUUUUUUUCUCAAGUAAACGAAAAACAGCCAUAUCAGACUUUGUUUGUGUUUGCGUGUGUGGGUAUAUGUGUGCGGCUGUGUUGUUGACUGUGAAAAUAAUGGUGACAAUUUGGGGGGGAAGGAAAACGCUUAAAGCGUUCAGGCAUCUCAUCUUUCAGCUUCAGUUCCUUUGCCGUUCUGUCUAUACUUCGAACCUCAACUUCCUUUCGACCACACUGGCACCAACGUUACGGAACCUUUAUUUUCAACCCCCCUCAUCUGAUUACACGUGUUGGAAUCGAACCCAAUUCUCAGCAAAGGGAAGGCAACAAAGAUGUCUCGCUCUUCCCUAAUCCCCUUUUACACACGCACAUACUCACACACAAAAAAUGACAUAGAACAAUCUUCUUUUACUAUAUAUAUAUACACACAUAUAUAUGUAUAUAUAUAAACUUGUGUUACUUUAAUUAUGCUCUGGUUUGUAGGUUAACGAAUCAUCCUUCUUCUUUCUCGUUAUUGUCAUCAUUAUCAUCGUAGUCAUCAUUAUCAUCAUAGCAGCCCCUAACAUGAUAGUAAAUACUCAGUGAGGGCGGUCUCUCUCUGUCUGGUUUCACUCCUCAGUAAGAUCAGCUUCGUAUAACUGGGCUCAUAGACUUUCAAAUACCAUAAUCAUCACAUCUUCCUCUUCUUUCACAGUUUUUAGACAUUUAUUAUUAUUAUUAUUAUCAUCAUCAUUAUUAUUAUUAUUAGCAUUCAUCUUCAUCAAUGUCACCGUGCAGCGAGUCGGAAGAAACAGUAGAAGCAAGGAACAAAAUGCUUUUACAGUAAUUAGAUUUGUCUCUUAAGGGUGUGUGUUCAAAAUCCUGCUUGGUCGACUCUCACCUUCCAUCAAUCCGAGGGGUUCGAUAAAAAAUUAAGUAGCAGUAAUAUUCUUGGGGAGGGCUGAGCGCAGAGGAGGGAAUUCGAUCCAGUCAUCUCCACCUGUUCCCUAAUCAUGUAUGACCUGUGCCAUUGUCAGAAGUUUAUUAUUAUUAUUAUUAUUAUUAUUAUUAAUAUUAUUAUUAUAUCAGCCAACUUCAUUGCUGGGCCAAAUUGAUAACCUUUGGUCAAACGAAGCAGUUAGAUAAGAGAUCCCUACCCCCCCCCCGGCACAUAAAACCCCUCACUUCCUUCCCUCCCUCUCCCCAGCUUUUGUAAGUGGUUGGUGUAACAGAACAAGGAUGGACUGACCUCUUUAUAGAAAGGCUUUUUUUUUUUCUUCGGAAUCGGUCAACAAGAAGGAGCCUGAUUUCUUCAGGAAGUGUAUUAUUUUUUACUGUUGCUGCUGCUAUCGUUGCUGCUGCUGUGGAAAGGAAAAGAGAGAAGUAUAUUUUAGCAGGUGUAAUAGUCAGGUGGGAGAGCGUGCAUUCUGCACCUACCACUAACGUUAGCAUAACAUAAUAACCCCGUCCUUUCCCCCGAUCCUGAUUUGGAAUAUUUCUGGAGCCUACUAUCUGUCUGGUUUUUACUUUAGAACAAAAAUAUUAGAAGAAAGGAAGAAAAAUAUCUUUUUUCAGUUGUGGAUUUUUCCUGCCUUGUUUGGACAUUUUUGAUUUUUUUUUUUUUAACUUACACACAUCAGACAUAACAACUUAUAAUUCCUGCCCCUACCUUAAUAUCUUAUGUUUUACAUUAUAUGUCCCCUAUAACAACACAUAAGGCCCACGUCAGCUGCUGCAAAAACGUGAAGAUACGUCUUGAGUAAAAUAUAAAAGAAAAAAAAUGGAAAAAAAUAAACUCUGUAAAGUUAUCUGUAAAUAAAGGACGGUCGAAGGAUGUUCUUCAGUGCAUGGAGGGGUGGGGAAAAUAAAAAAAAAAAAGCACCAAGCCCUUCCCCCUCCCCUUUUACUCUUUUUUUCAUAUUCAGCAAUAGGGUGCUGGGUGGGGCUUAGGAGGUACCAAAAAAAAAAUUAAAGAAAAAAAUAGAAAACGAAACAACAAAAAAUAAAUGUUUUAUAAGCUGUGCUAGGUGCAGUACAGUGAUAUCGUGACCAGGCUGCAGCAUUCAAGGAUCUUGCUACAAGAAUAACUGAACUGAAAGAGAGCUUGAUGCAUGGUGUCGGGGGGCGGGGGCAUGUGGAGCCAUGGGUUAUGCUUCACUUUAUCAGGUUUUAUGAUAAAAUAUAUAAAAUAAAGAAAUGCUGGAAGGAAGCUGUCCAUUUGAAAUUCUUCCAGAGUUUCAUAAUUAAAAUAAAAUUUAAAAAAAAAAAAAAAAACUUUGCUGUCCAAGAUAUGUCUUUUUUUUUUAAAAAAAAAUCUCUAUCACACCCUCUCUCCUGUCUUUUUGCCUUUCUUUCUCUGUCUGUCUAUCUAUCUAUCUAUCUCUUCCUCCUCCUUUCCCCUCUUUGUUGUCAUUGUUUGAUUAAAUAUAAUAUAAUGUAAUGAUAAUGAUUUAACAGAAAUUUUAUUACAUAAAAAAAAAAAGAACACAAAUGGAAAAAAAAUAAUAAAAAACAGAACUUUAGCAGGUGAGCCCCUGAUAUUAAAAACCCCUAAUCCUGCUGUGGACAGACAAAUUACCAGGGAGUUAUACAAGAAAAAUAAAAUGCAGGAUGUAAAAAAAAAAAACA